AUGGGAAAGUCACCUUGUUGUGACAAAAAUGGACAAAAGAAAGGUCCAUGGACUGCAGAGGAAGAUCAAAAGUUGAUCAAUUACAUUCAGAAACAUGGGCAUGGAAGAUGGCGAAUCCUACCGAAAAAUGCAGGACUCAAAAGAUGUGGAAAGAGUUGUCGUCUCCGGUGGACUAACUACUUGAGACCUGACAUCAAGAGAGGACAAUUCUCAUUUGAAGAAGAAGAGACAAUAAUUCAAAUGCACAGUGUCUUAGGAAAUAAGUGGUCCGCAAUUGCUAGUCGCUUGCCGGGAAGAACCGAUAAUGAAAUCAAGAAUCAUUGGAACACCCACAUAAAGAAAAAGCUCCUAAGGAUGGGAAUGGAUCCUGUGACCCAUAAGCCACGCCUUGAUCUUCUUCAACUCUUUUCGGUUCUUAAUUCGUCUGUCCACAACUCAUCUCAACUUAGUAUUUCAAGUUUGCUUGGAAUUGGACCCAUUUUGAACCCAAAUCACUUAGCUCUAGCUACUUCUUUCUUGUCAUGCCAAGGCAAUAAUAUUAGCCAAGAUGUUUGUCCAACAAAUUUUCAAGAAAGCCAACUUGGAAACGACCAAUUUCAUAACCAAUUUCAAUGCUUACAACCAAACGAGCUCCAUGACCAAAUCCAAGCUUGUAGAAAUACAUCAAGUGCUCAAUUUCUAAAUGAAACCCAAAUUAGGGAAGCCAAUUUGGAGCAACUUUAUAGUAACCCCUCCAACUUUAGCUGCCAAAAUUCUUCGUGGCACACUAAUGGAGAGCGUACUCUCAACAACGGUGAAAGUAUCACGUCAAACUAUGUGUAUCAUGAUUCUAAUAACAAACCCAUCAUCAACGAUACUUCCUUCGAGGCGCUACCAAGUUUGAGUUUUAGCUCACUUCUAUCUACACCUUCAUCUAGCACAACUCCCUUGCAUUCUUCAUCAACAACUUAUGUCAAUAUCAGCACUGAAGAUGAGAGGGACAGUUACUGCAGCAAUAUGUUGAUGUUUGAUCUCCCCAAUAGCUUGGAUGCCAAUAGGCUGAUAUAG